CCUCGCUGCUGUCUGUAUCGAUGAAGUUGUUUCAAAGAUGGCGGAUUUCCUGCCGUCCCGCUCCGUUUUAUCUGUAUGUUUCCCUAACUGUCUCCUCACUAGCGGCGAGGUAGAACAGUUGCGGAAAUCUAAAGAGAUAGAUAAGUGUAUUAAUCGAGAUAAGACGUAUGUCAAAAGGUUAGUUAAGAUCCUAUUGCUUGGGGCAGGCGAGAGCGGCAAGUCCACUUUCCUCAAGCAGAUGCGCAUUAUCCAUGGGCAGGACUUCGAUCAGAAGGCCAAAGAAGAAUUCAGAGCCACGAUUUUUAGUAAUGUUAUAAAAGGUAUUCGAGUGUUGGUGGAUGCUCGAGAGAAGCUACACAUCCCGUGGGGCAACCUGUCCAACCAGCGGCACGGAGACACCAUGAUGGCGUUUGACACCCGGUCGGUAAUGGCCAACGGUCACGGCAUGGUGGAGCACAAAGUUUUCCAGCACUACCUGCCCUCCAUCCGGGCCCUGUGGGCCGACCAGGGCAUCCAGAACGCCUACGACCGCCGCAGAGAGUUCCAGCUGGGUGAGUCAGUCAAGUAUUUCCUGGACAAUUUGGAGAAGCUCGGACAGACGGACUACCUCCCAAGCCAACAGGACAUCCUCCUGGCCAGAAAGCCAACUAAGGGCAUCCACGAGUACAACUUUGAGAUCAGGAACGUGCCCUUCAAGAUGGUGGACGUGGGCGGCCAGCGCUCGGAAAGGCGGCGCUGGUUCGAAUGCUUUGACUCGGUCACUUCCAUCCUCUUUCUCGUCUCGUCCUCUGAAUACGACCAGGUGCUGAUGGAGGACCGGCAGACCAACCGGCUGAGCGAGUCGCUCAACAUCUUCGAGACCAUCGUCAACAACCGCGUGUUCAGCAACGUCUCCAUCAUCCUGUUCCUGAACAAGACGGACCUGCUGGAGGACAAGGUGAAGCAGGUGUCCAUCAGAGACUACUUCCCCGAGUUUUCGGGCGAGCCCGCCAGCCUGGCCGACGUCCAGCGCUUCCUGGUGGAGUGCUUUCGCAAAAAGCGCCGCGAGCAGCAGCAGAAGCCGCUGUACCACCACUUCACCACGGCCAUCAACACGGAGAACAUCCGGCUGGUGUUCCGCGACGUCAAGGACACCAUCCUGCACGACAACCUCAAGCAGCUGAUGCUGCAGUGAGAGGACUGCCGGGGGGAGACGGAGGUGGGAUGGGCCGAGGCGGGCAGAAAGCCCUUUUUCUCCUCCCCCCGUAAGGGUGGAGCGGGCGGAGUCCCUCUAACCAUUCAGCCUCCCUCCUUGACUUUGACUGACUCCUCACUUUUGAGCUUGGACUGUGUGUUAAAGCCACCACUACU